CUCAGGAUCCAUCUGUGCUGGGAAGGCAGCCAGUGUGAGACAGAAGAGGUCACCGGAAUGUAUGGCCUCCCCGGAAGACCCCACGAUGGAGACGCAGCACAUGCUCAAGAUGGCCGCCCUGCGUGUCAUGGAUUUCCCUUUGUCCCUGUGCAGCUCGCUCACGCAGCUGAAGUCUUAUCCCGGGCUGAAGAAGAUCCUCGCGGUCACCGCCGUCGGGACUGUGUCCAUUAUUUUUCUGGCUCGUCACUUUAAAAGGAGAAGAGGGAAGAAGAAAAGCGCAGUUCCUUCCUGGGAGCCGGGAAAUCUCCUGCUGGACUGCACCAGGAACGCCGCCUCCGAGAAAGGCUCCAGCUGCUCCAGCAGCCGGCAGAAUCUCACCCUGUCCCUGGCGUCAGUGAAGGAGAAGGGGUCGCAGCUGCACCUCAACGGAGGACUGAACAGUAAAUACUCCGGAUCCGUGCAGAGUCUGGCUUCAGUUCGAAGUGUCAACUCGUGUCACAGCUGUACCUGUAUUAACACCAAUCCCUGGGAUAAAGGGGAAGAAGAGGAUCUAAAGCUCGUGAACAUCCCGGUCACCACGCCCGAGAACCUCUAUCUGAUGGGAAUGGAAUUAUUUGAAGAGGCGCUGCGAAGGUGGGAACAAGCCCUCUCUUUCCGGAAUAGGCAAGUGGAAGACGAGGCCAGCUGCGGGUCCAUCAGAAUGGGAGCUGGGGAUGCCAUAGCUGAAGAAAAUGUGGAGGACAUCAUGAGCGCUGAAUUCAUCCAUAAACUGGAGGCAUUACUGCAGCGUGCCUACCGCCUCCAGGAGGACUUCGAGGCCUCGCUCGGAGCUUCUGAUCCCGCAUCAUUGGCUAAUGACAUUGCACAGAGUGUUUCAGGAGAUAAGUGUCCUAAUCUUGUUACGACCUGCACCAUUCCAGCCCUGAAAUCCAGCGAACGACUGCGUUCUACCCAGGGACCUCCUAAUCAGCAGCGCUUACCAUAGAUUGUCUUGUCUCAGGCUGACAACCAUUCUCCUCCUGUGCUUGGAGGGGU